AUGGUGCGUCAGCUGCACGACGGUAUGAUGGCGCGAGUCACGGACAACGGAGCUGUCUCAGAGGCAUUCGCAGUGACCAACGGAGUGAAGCAGGGAUCCGUGCUGGCGCUUACCCUCUUCAGUCUUAUGUUCUCUGCCAUGCUGAUGGACGCCUACCGCGAAGAACGCCCCGGGAUCCGCAUCGCCUACAGGACGGACGGUCACCUGCUGAAUCAACGGCGGAUGCACUUCCAGUCGCGCGUAUCCACAACCACCGUCCACGAACUUCUCUUCGCCGACGACUGCGCCCUGAACACCACCUCGGAAGAGGAGAUGCAACGGAGCAUGGACCUGUUCUCCGCCGCCUGCGAGAACUUUGGGCUGGUUAUCAACACGCAGAAGACGGUGGUGAUGCAUCAACCGCCACCCAACUCAGCCACAGCCCCCAACGCGUCGCCGCAAAUCAGCGUGAACGAAACCCAACUGCAGGUGGUGGAGAACUUCCUGUGCCUGGACAGUACCCUUUCCCGCAACACCAAGAUCGAUGACGAAGUCGCCAACAGGAUCUCGAAAGCCAGUCAAGCCUUCGGUCGCCUCCAAAGCACAGUUUGGAAUCGUCAUGGUUUUCAACUAAGCAUGAAGCUAAAGAUGUACAAGGCCGUCAUCCUGCCGACGCUACUAUAUGGAGCGGAGACUUGGACGGUGUACACAAAGCAGGCACGCCGACUGAACCACUUCAACCUCAGUUGUCUUUGUCGCAUCCUGAGGCUCAACUGGCAGGAUCGAAUCCCCGACACUGAUGUACUGGAACGGACGGGAAUCCUCAGCAUCUACGCCAUACUGAGACAAAUACAGCUGCGCUGGAGCGGCCACCUGGUGCGCAUGGACGACGAGCGACUACCCAAACGACUCUUCUACGGAGACGUCGCGACGGGUUCUCGCCGUCAAGGAGGCCAGAUUCGCGUUACAAGGAUACCCUGA